AUGCGUCUUUCAGGUGGCGCUUCUUGCGUGACGUAUUAACUAGUGGACGGAACAGCUUCCUCAACAACAAAACGGCUGAUUCAACCACCUCGGUAGCUUGCUAACAUAAAACCAAAACAUUGAAGCUCUGUAGAUCAUUGGGUUUGUAUUAACUUCAGUGUUUUUAACAUACUGUCUGCGUCUUUACUAGUUAUUCCAUUUAAUAUUUAAGUUGUUAGUCAGCUAGCUGACUGGUUAAAUUAGCCGAGCACUAGGCUAGUCGCUAAAGCUAACUAGCUAGUUAACAUCCCCGACCAUGAGUUCAUUAAGCUACUCCCCUCCUGCUAAAGAAGAGGAGGUCUGCUGGACGGAGAAAGAAGUUAUUGUGAAAGAGGAGAAGGAAGAGGAGGCUGUUACAGUUAAAAAGGAAGUAGAGGGUGAAGCUGUUACAGGGAAAGAAGAAGAAGCUUUCGGAGUGAAAGAGGAGGAAGAUAAACAAGAGAAUGUCGUUUUUGUUGAGGAGGAGAAUAUGACUGUAUUAGUAAAAGAAACGGAACAAGUUUUUGGAGUGAAGGAGGAGGGGGAGAUUACUGUCACAUUGGAGGAGGAGGAAGAAGAGAAUAAUGGAGAUCUGAUUAACACCAGAGAGAGACAAGACUCGGAGGAACCAGAGGCAGAGACGUCCAAACCAGCAAGACGACACCAGUGCUCCCAGUGUGAAAAGAGUUUUACCAAGUUAGGGAGCUUGAAAAUACAUAAUAGAAUACACACAGGAGAGAAGCCCUACCAAUGCUCCCAGUGUGGAAAGCAGUUUACCCAGUUAGGGACCCUAAAAUUGCAUAAUAGAAUACACACAGGAGAGAAGCCUUACCAAUGCUCCCAGUGUGGAAAGAGAUGUUCACAGUUAAGUUCCCUGAAAUCACACGAGAAAAUACACACAGGAGACAAGCCUCACAAAUGCUCUCAAUGUGGCAAUACUUUUAAGCGGUUAAGUAACCUGAAAGAUCAUGAAAGAGUACACACUGGAAAAAAGCCUUACCAAUGUUUCCAUUGUGAAGAGAGUUUUGGCUGGUCAAGGCAACUGAAAGCGCAUGAGAGAACACACACUGGAGAGAAGCCUUAUCACCACUGCUCCCAGUGUGGAAAGAGUUUUACCCAGUUAUGGAACCUGAAAGCACAUGAGAGAAUGCACACAGGAGACAAGCCUCACAAAUGCGCUAAAUGUGGAAAAUCUUUUAACCGGUUAUAUAACCUGAAAGUACAUAAGAGAAUACACACAGGGGAAAAGCCUUAUCACUGCUCCCACUGUGGUAAGAGUUUUAUCCUAUCAAGGGCCCUGGCAACGCAUAAGAGGACACACACAGGAGAAAAGCCUUACCAUUGCUCCCAGUGUGGAAAGAAUUUCACUGACUCAAGUAACUGGAAAAAACAUGAGCUAACACACUCUGUAAAGAAGCGUUUCCAGUGUUCUCGUUGUGAAAGGAGUUUUAAGAAGUUAGGGAAACUGAAGCAGCAUGAGAAAAUACACACUAGGGAGAAGCCUUUUGGAACUGCUCCCACUGUGGAAUGACAUGUACCUGGUUAAGGCAACUGAAAUUACAUGAAAGAAUCCACAUGGGAGAGAAACCUUACCAAUGCUGCUCCCAUUGUGGAGAGAGAGAUUUCACACAAACUUACAGUUCAUGAGUUAACACACUGCUCCCACAUUUGUCUAAUUUUGGACUGAAAGUUGGUGCUUUUGUGGUUUUGUUUAUGUCCUUAUUGCCAAAUGAAAUCAGAAGGAGAAAGCCUACUCAGAAAUACAUUUUAUGUUUUUUUAAUUUCCUGUUUUAGGGGGUUGGGUUGGAUACAGGAUAUGAACCUGGUUUAGGGGUUGGAUACAGGAUUUGAACCUGGUUUAGGAUUGGAUAAAUAGGCCUGAAGUUAAGAAAUGGGAACUUAUUGAGGAGGAUAGGCUACUCCAGAGAAAGGCGGGAAGGGUGAGGGUACCAAAGGAAGAGGUGUACCGAAAGAAAGUCAGUAAGCGAGAGGGUGCAGGAGUAGCAGUAACCAAAUUAAAAAGCUUCACCCAUAGACACAGGCAAGAAACACAGCAGGACAGAAAGAUAAAGGCCAGAGGCCCAGAACAGCCACCUUUGGGGGAGGUAACCUCUCCAAGCUAAUAGACGGAGAGAUGGCAGAAAGGGUUAGGAAAGAACUACUGUUGGAUGCCGGAGCAAGGAGGACAGGGCCCACGGGGAGGAAAGAGGGGUGCCCCAUAUGGGCACUACAAGCAGCAGAAAAAGCAGAAGUGAGAGAGAAGGAAAGACAGAGUGAAAGGGGAGUAGGGAACCCGCCUAACUGGGAGAAGAUGGAUCAACUCUCCAGGGAAGUGACGAGAUGCGAGGAAGCAGCAGGAGAUCUAAGGAGGGAGUUAAAAUAUGUAGGGGAUCAGUGAGUUAAGAUAUUAGGACCCAGCAGAAAGGACAAGAAGAGGGGAAGGAAGGGCUAUAACAGAUAGAAAUUGCUAACCCCAUUGUCCCCUGAUUCUAACCCCAUUGUCCCCUGUAUCUAACCCCAUUGUCCCCUGAUUCUAGGAGAGAUGUGAGAGAAGAAUCAGGGGGAGACCAAAGUAGUGACCUUCAGAUAAUUAUAGGAGAGUGGAGCAUGGAGUACAUGGAGUACAUGGAGUACAUGGGGGUACAUGGAGUACAUGGGGGUACAUGGGGGUACAUGGAGUACAUGGGGGAAUAUGUGAAACAUUGGCAUAUAUUCGAUAAACCGGACCUACACAAUUGUUGUGAAGGACACAUGUUAAGCUGGACAACAACUGACAACCUAGAUAUAUGUGGGGGUUGUGCAAAAAAGCUUAGAGGAUGAUUGCAAGGGAGACUUUCAUGGAGAGGGAGAGACUUAGAAAGUACGUGCCUAGAUUGCCUGACAGAAGGUAGAGACUGGCCUGGAGAGGGAGAGACUGAGAAAGUACGUGCCUAGAUUGCCUGACAGAAGGUAGAGACUGGCCUGGAGAGGGAGAGACUUAUAUUGCCUGACAGAAGGUAGAGACUGGCCUGGAGAGGGAGAGACUGAGAAAGUACGUGCCUAGAUUGCUUGACAGAAGGUAGAGACUGGCCUGGAGAGGGAGAGACUGAGAAAGUACGUGCCUAGAUUGCCUGACAGAAGGUAGAGACUGGCAUGGAGAGGGAGAGACUGAGAAAGUACGUGCCUAGAUUGCCUGACAGAAGGUAGAGACUGGCAUGGAGAGGGAGAGACUGAGAAAGUACGUGCCUAGAUUGCCUGGCAGAAGGUAGAGACUGGCAUGGAGAGGGAGAGACCUAGAUUGCCUGACAGAAGGUAGAGACUGGCCUGGAGAGGGAGAGACCUAGAUUGCCUGACAGAAGGUAGAGACUGGCAUGGAGAGGGAGAGACCUAGAUUGCCUGACAGAAGGUAGAGUCUGGCAUGGAGAGGGAGAGACCUAGAUUGCCUGACAGAAGGUAGAGACUGGCCUGGAGAGGGAGAGUCCUAGAUUGCCUGACAGAAGGUAGAGGCCUAAAAUGAGGUUGGUAGUAAAGAGAGGGAACACAUGGGAAGUGAGAACUGAUGGGGAAGAAGCCAGACUAAGAAUAAUGUACUUAGGACAAGAGAUAGAGUGGGAUAAAGACUCAGGUAGGAUAAGGAUGACAGGACUAAAUAAUGAAAUAUAUUACACAGGAUGGACCCAAAAGAACGGAUUCAUGGAGCCCUCGGUGCACCGGGUGUGACAGGGGCACCUAUGGAGAGUUGACUAGGCAGUCGGCCUCAGGGACUAAAAUAACAAGUCCCUUUUGUAAGCAUUGCUUCUGCAACAUGACCUGUCAUAGAGAUAAGGGCAUAUGGUAUCGGGAGGAAGAAGAAGAAGCUUGGCCCUUUGAAAGCACAUUUACGCAGCUUAUGCUAGGAGGUAGAACAGUAGCUAAAGGGCUUACCAGAGACUGGAGGUUUGUAAAGAGCAGGCACCUCAUAGAUAGGGAGGAGAAACAGACAGGACCCAGUAUGGGAUGGUACAGGCACAGGAUGGGAAGGCUCUAGCAAUAAAAUAUUUAGGCAACGAGGAAAAGCAGGAAAAGAGUCAAGGGAAGAUCUUGGAGAGGGGGGGGGGGG